ACGCGGAACUAGCAGUCACGUGAUUUGUAGGGCACAACAAACAUACCUUUGAGUGUAAUCGAUUUUCAGAUAAAUUUUGAUUUUGUUGCUUUGUGCAGUCUGAUGUGGUUGGGUUUGCUGAUUCAGUAUGUACGCUUCCGGAACAGAGAGUCUGAUCAAACAGGCAAGAGAAAUCCAGGAAGAGGAGCUGCAGAAGUUCUACGGUCGUGUAUCUAAACAGCUUCAUUCUGGGAAAGAAGCUGGAGGAGAAGUGAUCGAUUCCCUUCAGAGGCUCCACUUGAUUGUUUCCGCUACCAAAUAUGCCAGAACACUUCCUCCAGAUCUUGUAAAGAAGCUCCAGAUGCUGCUGCGCUCUCCAUCCUGUCUGGAGCAGUUACAGGUUCUGUCCUCGGCCAUCCUCAGGGAGAGUUUGCCUCUCAGCGUGCACAAUCUCUCCACAGAGCUCAGCCAGGACAGCAGAGCACUCAGUUAUCUGGCCAGUGUAGUGCUCGCACAGGUAAUUCCCGUCCACCCUUCACACACUACUUCAGUUUUAAUGCACAGUCUCCUGAAACACCACCUCUUUUUCCUUCAGGCUGGAAGCAAAGAUGAUCUGCUUCCUCUCUGUCAGCAUUUACUGAAGAGUCUGGAGUCAAGACAGCCUGAGACGCAGAUCCCCAAACACACGCUUCCCAUUCUCACUAAAAUGUUCAGCUUCUCUCCAGAUAUUCUUAAUGAAGAUCAGGUGAAUCUGGUCAGUCGGAAGCUGGCUGACUGGCUCCGAUAUGCCAGCAUCCACCAGGGAGCCUCCAUGUCCUCUGGCGGAUUUUUCACCAGUCCCAGAUCGCGACAGCCAGCAUUAAUGACGGAAGUGGAUGGAGCAGUGGCAGGAGACUUCUUCACUGUGCUGUGUGUGGGCCAGAGCUACACUGAAGACCAGUGGAUGAACAUGUACACGUUUUCCAUGAUCAAGAACUGGCUGCUUACCUACGACACAGAUGGAACCUCGAAUACAGAAUCAGAUGACCGGUCUGAGUUGGACAGUUCAGUGAUGUCCAUGGUGUCUGCGACCUCCUCGUCCAGUCGAAUGCUUCCCCCGAAAGAGCGUCUGAGGGAGAAAGCCUUUGAGUAUUGCCAUCGGCUUAUCGAGCAGAGUGACCGGAAGGCUGUGAAGAAAGCAGAUGCAGAGCUUCAGAAAGCGUGCAUUGUGGAGUCAGUGUCUAUAAUGGACAUCAUUUGCAGUGAAGAUCCUUCCUACGUGUACCGUGGCUUUCCCUGCAUCAAAGCGCUGUAUGGCAGGCUGAGUGCAGAUCUGGCUUUUGCUCGAGUCCUGCUGCCUAUCGCUCAGUUCUACCUCAACCACAGCGAAACCGCUGCUGUGGAAUCAGAGGCCAUCUUCUGCCAUCUCUUCAGCCGCUUCCCAGCUGAGCUUUUCAAUGAGCCCAUGCUGGCCUACGAGUUUGUCCAUUUCUGCCUGCACAAUGUCAGCGUGCUGCAGGAGAAAGUGGCCAUGUACAGGCAUAGCUUCCCUAACCUGCUCAAGUUUCUGGCAUGGAACAGUCCGGGGCUGAUCUCUGAGUAUAUGGAGCUGCUGCCUUCUCUUUUGGCUCCUGAAACGGCGAUUGAGUUACUCCACACACUGCUGGAUCUUCCCUGCCUGGCCGCAGCCCUGGACCUCCAACACAGGUCGGCAUGGUAUCAGGCCGCAGAUCGUGCUGCGUGGGACCAGCAGGGUUCUAAGAUCACAGCGUCUCUGGAUGCCUUCCGCCAGCCAUCCUACAGAGGUCUGUUCCUCUACAUCCUCAGACCUGAGGCGGGCACCGGAGACACGAUUGACAGGUUGAGUAUGCUUCACAAUGCUCUGGAGGGAAUGGCGGAGAGCCCUCGUGUGCUGUGCUGUGCUCAGAUUGUCCCUGUCCUCCUACAUGUCUACUUCAACACCAUUACGCAGAUGGCUGAUGGGAAGAUGAUGAACCAGCUGCUGCUGGUCCUGCUGGAAAGAAGCAGCCUGUUGUACAAGAUAAAGAACUUCAGCACUGAAGUGCAGAGAGUUUUCAGCACACACCUGCAGGCACUGUGCAAGCUGUACCCACAGCUGAUUGUUGAUCAGUACAAGGAGCUGCUGGAAUUUACCAGCACCACUACCAACAUCUACACUAAAGAGGACUUCUACACACAUGUGGUGUGGGUAAUCGGGGAGUAUCUGUCACUUUCCUAUGAUCCUCGCUGUACCGUGGAGCUGAUAACGUCCUUUUUUGAGGGGCUUGAGGCGGUGUUGUUUGAGAUCACACAGGUACGCCAGUCCGCCAGCCCCCCGAGCUACUCACCACGACUGCUCACCGUGCUCAUGACAGCGCUGGCAAAGUUGGCAUCCCGAAGUCAGGACCUCAUUCCCCGGGCAUCACUUUUUCUGUCUAAGAUGCGCUCAUUUGCACACAGUGGACGCGUGGCAUCGUGCUUCAGUGAGGAGGACAGCGAGGAGAUCAUCACACGAGCUCACGAGCUCAUCAACCUUCUCAAGCUACCUAACGUAGCCCAGUUCGUGUUAACACCUUCCGUACAGGAUGACUGUCCACGCUGGCACCGAGACACCAACGCGGCCCUGCCACAGCGCAUGAGGGCCAUCAGUGACCUGCUGCAGUCUCAGUCCAGCUUCCUGCCAGCUUAGAGCACCGCUCUGCACAACGCCACGCUGCCUGAAUAUGGGACGUCAAGUUUCUCAAUCAGAAUCACUCAAUCACACUGGCUUACGGAUCAUUUUUGUGCCAUGAAACCAUGAAAACCUCAUAUUAAACAUCGGUAUAUAAUGUUA